UGGUUGACUAUUAUAAUACACCUAGUUGUGACAUAGUAAAAGUAAAAUUUUUCAACAUCGUACUGUAUAAAUUUUGUACUCCGUAUUUAAUAUGAAAAGGUUUUAAAUAAAUGUAACAAUUUAAAAGUAUUGGAGGCUUAUAAAUAGUACUGGUAUGUUUCUGGCAAUAAAAUAGUGGACGAAAAACACUCCCUCUUUUGAGUCAAUUACAAAUCUAGCUAGUUUUCUUAAUUGGUUGUUUUUCACCAUUUCACUCUUUCAUUUCUUUGGCUUCUUACCAACUUACUACAACACACUAAUCUAAAACUGCUUCCCCAAAUUUUAUUUUUCUAAUGGGAGACCCAAGAGAUGAAGAAUUCCAACACAAAGAUGGUGUCGUACCGCCUUCUAUAUACCAAAUUCCAUACGAUAGUGAAGAGUUUGAUGACGACGGCAAGCCUAGACGAACGGGAACUGUAUGGACUGCAAGUGCACAUAUUAUAACAGCAAUUAUAGGUUCUGGUGUUCUUUCCCUAGCAUGGGCAACGGCGCAACUUGGAUGGUUAGGAGGAAUUGCUACUCUUUUAAUAUUUUCUGGCAUCAUGCUUUACACCUCCAACCUUCUCGCGGAUUCUUACAGAACUCCUGAUCCCAUCACCGGAAAGAGAAAUUACUCUUACAUGGACGAGGUCCAAGCCAAUCUAGGUAGAUUCAGUUGCAUUGCUUGUGGAAUACUUCAGUACGCUAACCUAACAGGUUUCGUAGUAGGCUACACAAUUACUGCACCCAAAAGCAUGGUGGCAGUCCAAAAAUCAAAUUGCUUCCACAAAAAAGGACAUGCUGCUUCCUGCAGGUUUAGCAAUAACCCUUACAUGAUAGGUUUCGGAAUCUGCGAGAUAUUUUUGUCACAAAUUCCCAACUUUCAUGAGCUAACAUGGCUGUCAACUAUAGCUGCAAUCAUGUCUUUCGCGUACUCCUCAAUUGGUGUAGGACUUGCACUAGAGAGACUUAUCUCAGGGAAAGGUGGGAAGACUAGUUUGACAGGAGUAGAGAUAGGUGUGGGUAUAUCUGCUGCUGAGAAAACAUGGAGGAUGUUAAGAGCGAUUGGUGACAUCGCGUUUGCUUAUGGCUUCUCUCAAAUUCUUGUUGAUAUACAGGACACGUUAAAGUCACGUCCAGCAGAAAAUAAGGUGAUGAAAAAGGCGAACGCAAUAUCAAUGUUAACAACCACAGUAUUCUACAUGAUGUGUGGUUGCUUAGGCUAUGCAGCAUUUGGUAAUGAUGCACCAGGCAACAUGUUGACCGGCUUUGGCUUUUACGAGCCUUUCUGGUUGAUAGACUUGGCCAACAUCUUCAUUGUCAUUCACAUAGUUGGAGCAUAUCAGGUACUUGCUCAACCAGUCUACAAGAUGAUCGAAUCAUUCGCCAUCAAAAAAUGGCCCAACUCAUUUUUUGUCAAGGCAGAGUACCCCAUAAAAAUAGGCAGCAAAACUGUGUUAAGCUUGAAUUCUCUAAGGCUAGUUGGAAGAUCAAUAUUUGUAAUUUUUGUAACCAUAGUGUCCAUGGCAAUGCCCUUCUUCAACGAUGUCAUUGCGUUCUUAGGAGCACUCGGGUUUUGGCCAUUAGCCGUGUAUUUCCCAAUCCAAAUGCACAUUGCUCAACACAAGAUCAAACGAUGGACAUUCAAGUGGUGUAUGUUACAACUUCUCAACUUUCUUUGUUUGGUUGUUUCGUUAGCUGCAGCCGCUGCUUCGAUACAAGGGAUUAGUGAAUCUCUUCGUACAGCCAAGCUCUUUCAGUUCAAAGAAUAGUGAAAACAAUUACGAGUACAUUUUUGUAAGGCAAUGAAAAAGUUAAUGUUUUGUAUGGUCUAGUGUAAUUUGUAUCAAAAUUCGUUAUGUUGUACGCUUAGAAGCAUGCUAAGAAUAUGAUAUACAGAAAUGAGUAGUUGGAGUGUUUGUGAUAAUGUCUACUAGCUAAAUUUGUUAAAAGUCUAAAUUUGUAUGUACUCUGUAGUUUAUAACAUAAUCCUUAUUAAAAAGUGCUUGUGUAAA